GGGGCUGCGGGGCUGGCCCUGCCUCCUCUCGCUGCAUUCCUGGAGGCUCAGGAGGAGAGGCCAGCAGUAGCAGAGGAGGAGGCCGAGCGCCUAUGUGUAACGCACAACCCGACCAUGAAAAGCACUGAGAGCACUGGCAGAUCGGGGGUCCCUGUGUGACCCCACCCAGGCGCAGAGAUGCCGCUUCCCUGCGAGUCCCUGAGGAAGGAGCUGGAGGAAGAGCUGAAGCUGAACAGCGAGGACCUGAGAAGCCACGCGUGGUAUCAUGGACCCCUUUCACGGCAGGAGGCGGAGCGGAUUCUGCGUGACGACGGAGACUUCCUUAUCCGCGAUUCCUUCUCAUCCUUGGGAGACUAUGUGCUGAGCUGCUGCUGGUCCGGGCAGCCCCUGCACUUUAAGAUCAUCGCUGUGACCCUGCGUCCAAAGCGCGGCCGCUCACGGACCCUCUACCAGCUGGAGCAAGAGCAGUUCGAUAACAUCCCGGCGUUGGUCCGAUCUUACGUGGGAGACAAGAAGAUGGUGUCAGAGUCCUCCGGGGCGGUGAUCGUACGUCCCGUCAACAGGGAUCUGCCUCUCAGCGCCCUGCGCGAGAGACACAAUGCCCAACAAGCCAAUAGAGAGGCAAGGAGGACUGAGGGCAAUCUUCUCAGAAUUAAAGACCGCUUUGGGAGUCAACCGGGGAACCUAGAUGUCCUGAAGGAAAGACCCCUGCAGGGUGCCCAGUCCUGCAGCAACCUCCUCACAACUGCUUCAGGAGAAGCCUCCAUUGCUGUCCAGGAACAGACGCCGGUUCCUCUCUCACCCAUUUUUCGUACUGGAAGUGAUCCUGUCCUCCGGGUAAAAGCUGUCCCAGCCCCCACCUUGGAGCUUGAGGGUAGCAGCACCUUGCGAGGAUCAGACAGCCGGCUACACUCUAAGGCUCCCCCAAAGCCCAUACGAGCCCCUUCCAUACUGCUCCCUGAGACGUCCGAAGGAACGGACACAUAUUGGGAACUUAUCCCUAAAGCCCCUGUGAGCAUUAGGAAGCACGUGGACACUCUGAUGGUGGAGGAGAGAUGGAAAAACCGUCUUCGGGCAACAGAGACCACUUUUGGGUUUCUGGAAUGCAACAGUCCUGGAGACGCGCGUCCCAUCGAGGCGACCAUGUCUGUGCAGAGACAAUCACACAUAACCCAGGACGAAGACGAUGUCUUUGUCCGGCCGCAGAUACAGAACACUUCAUCUUACCAACCCCACAGUUUUCAGUCUGUUCUGCUCUCCCCCGAAAAUAAACCACUGGAGGCCAGUGCCCUGCGGAGGCUGAAAGAGAUCGUCAGCCACAGAGACUGCAGAGAGAGUGCCCUGCACAUCCUACGAGAGGACUGCCAGGAAAUUCGCAUUUGGGGUGUCUCUCCAGAACAGCAGAAGGCCAUGGGGGUGAAGUCAGGACUGGAACUGCUGACGUUACCGCAUGGACAGCAGCUUCGGAGGGACCUCCUAGAAAGGCACCACCUGCUCUGCCUGGGCAUAGCUGUGGACAUCUUGGGCUGCACUGGAGCUGUAACGGAGCGAGCGCAUACCGUGCACCGCAUUAUUCAACUGGCGGCUGAGCUGCGAGACUCCGCCGGAGACCUCUUUGCGUUUUCAGCGGUUAUGAAGGCCCUGAUGCUCCCGCAGGUCACACGACUGGAGCAGACGUGGCAAAUGCUUCGGCAGACGCAUACGGAGAGCGCGAUCGCGUUCCAAAAGCAGCUGAAACCGGCCCUGAGAGCACUGGACGAAGGCCUCUCCCUGCCCUCGUCUGAUCGCAUCGUGGUCCCGUACAUCCUGCCGGUGCUCAGGGCCCUAGAAGGCGAUGCCGACUGGGGGGGCCCAGUGGAGGAAGGCUGCGGGCGGCUGCUGCGAGUGCUGAAUGCCGCUCGGUCCUACACGGCCAACGCGGAGCUGCUCAGGGACAACGCGGACGCGAAGCUGAAAGGAUUUCAGCCGCAGGCCGAGCUCCGUGAAGCGUUCCAGACAGAGUUUGCGUUGAGGCUCUUUUGGGGCAGUAAAGGCGCCGCCGUGGCCCAGAAUGAAAGGUACAAGACGUUUGACAAAGUCUUGAGUGUUUUAUCUCAAAAACUUGAGCCAGAAAUUGAAGGGAAGAAGACAGGGAGCCCAGUCUACGGCAUUUACUGAAGUUGCCCGCUACACUCGCUGCCGGGCGAUCGGUAAAACGUCCGCCUCACCUCGUGACACAUUAAGCACCCGGCGCAGCCACAGCCAUCACGAACUCUCUAAUGAACAAUAUCUGCCCGAGCCGAGCAAGCAGCCCACGUCACCUGUUCUCAUCCACAGAGGGUCUAUCAGUGAUAUCACCCUCCACAGCCCGCUACCCAGUGACAUCACACCGGGCCCCCAAGCCUUUGCUCCAUGGGCCAAAAAAACAUUCAGGAUUGUAGCUUUUAGAAUGUUUAUAACAUGAUUAUUUU